UUUUUAGUGAAAUGUUAGCUAUUUUAUUGGUAGCAUUGAUUUACUUUGAAAUUUCUGUAAACAUCUGUCACCUGAAAAAGUCGUUAUUAUUUUUUUUCGUCAACUUGUGAAUUACUAAUUGAUUUUUAUAUAUUUUUUUCAUUUAAAACAAUGGAUUUCAGUAAAAAGUCUAUGAUGAAUUCAACGCCGAUAUCCAUCAGUGGCGAUAAUACUAUUGGAGCUAUGAGAUAUUUAUCAGCAACACAAAUAAGUUCCAGACCAGAAUUUCUCCAAGAGGAUACAACUGACGAUAUUAUUAAUAAACUUAAACUUCUACUAAAUGCUAUCCAUGAAGUAUCAGCGGAAAAUAAAGUCCUUGAGAGGGACACUAAUAAGAUUUUAAGUGCAAUAGAUUUGGAGCCACAAUCAUUGUCUCGAGAAGUAAAUACAGGGUUGAAUAAAAUAACAGCAAUUUUGAGGAAAGAAAAUUUAACUGAAAUUGACGAAAAUAAAUUAUUAAUAAAUAUGGAACGUAGGAAGUUAGAUGAAUUAAAAAAAUCACGGGAGGAUAAAGAUUUGAAAAAAAAAUAUGAGGACUUGUGUAAUAAAUACGCCAAUAUUCAGGAUAAAUUUCAUUAUGUACAAGAAAAUGUUAAUUCUUUAAAUGAAUUUAUUGUUGCGAAAAGUAAAGACAGCGAAAAUGAUUACGCAAGUAUAGUUCAUAAAUCAGCAAAAUUGAACGAUUACAAUAAAGCAUUAAGUGACAAGGAACAGGAACUAGUACUUAUGGACAUACCUCAUGAUUAUCAGAACAAAAUAUUAGAAAAACAUAAAGAGUACAUGCAGUCAGCUGGGGAAUUAGCUACGAUUAAUAAAUCAUUAAGUCAGUACGGUGAUUUACCACCUGACAUUUUACAAGCACGAGCUGUUGUCGAACAGUUAGAGAAAAAACGCCAAGAAACUAAACGACUACUUGAAGAGAAAAUGCACCAAUAAUUUUUUUAUAAUUUCCAAUAGUUAUUACUUCAAGACUAAAAUAUUUAUUUUUCCAACUUGUUUAUUAUUAUCACUAAAAUUAUUUAACAUUUAAAUUAAAAG